GGGAAAAGGAAGGGGGCGGGCCCUGAGCGAGGCAUUUUGGGAACGCGUGGUAUUCUGGGAGCGCGCGGCCCGCCAUUCGAGCACCUCACGCCUUCGCAGUCACUAGAGUUCCGUCUACCCUGCCACCUCUGAAAGAGGAGACCGGAGCCGGACUCUCUUCCUGCCAAGAUGUCUAUUGGCGUGCCGAUCAAAGUCCUCCACGAGGCUGAGGGUCACAUCGUGACGUGUGAGACGAACACUGGCGAGGUGUAUCGGGGCAAGCUCAUCGAGGCAGAGGACAAUAUGAACUGCCAGAUGUCCAACAUCACGGUCACAUACAGAGACGGCCGCGUGGCUCAGCUGGAGCAGGUGUACAUCCGGGGCAGCAAGAUCCGCUUCCUGAUUCUGCCCGACAUGCUGAAAAACGCGCCCAUGUUGAAGAGCAUGAAGAACAAAAACCAGGGCUCGGGCGCCGGUCGGGGAAAGGCGGCCAUCCUGAAGGCCCAGGUGGCUGCGAGAGGGAGAGGACGUGGAAUGGGACGUGGAAACAUCUUCCAGAAGCGAAGAUAAAUUUUAUCUGUUGGACAGAACUUUGCUCUUUUUUUUUGUUUUUUCUUUUAGGUUAUCUGGGUUGAGAUGCGUGCCUGUGAAUUAUGUCCUAGGUUAUCUGUUGACAUCAUUUUCUUUAGAUGUGGGUAAAAUGUUAAACUAAAUAAAUAUGAUGGUUUUUUUCUUUUUGAGAA